UGGAAUAAAAGUAGAAAAAAGAAACAUAUAUUAACUAAAUAGAUCAAGUUUAAUAUUUCACAAUUGUUUGACAAAGAAGAAUACAAAAACUAAAGAAAGAAAUAAUUUGUGUUUAUUGAGAAUAUUUAAAAAAAAAAAUACGGAAAAAUGUUAUAUACAACUAACCGUAGAAGUUUUUAAAACCAAAAAGUGAUUUUAAAAUGUGAUAAAAUAAUUAAAUUUAAUAAAUGUUGUAUAAAUUGUAGCAAAUUUAAAAUUAUUGUAUUAUAGCAUGAUCAAAUUAGAAAGUUUAGCUUGGUAAAUUUUACGCUUCACAGAGGCUAAAUAUUAAACAAAAAACAAAAAACGAAAAACAAAACCCAAUAAUAAAAAAAAUAACAAAGAAAAAAAAACACAUCAUUACAAAAAAAAAAACUCUCAAUGUGGAGUAUGAAACUCCUUUCGAUAAACAUAAAAAAAUACAUAGAAAAAACAUCAUGUCUGAUUCUGAACCAGUUAGUUUAGAAUUUAUUGAAGAUCCCUAUUUACCCAAACUAGAUGAUGUUACUACAACAUCAUCCCUCGAUACUUGUGAUCUUGAUUGGAAUGAUGAAACUGAUUUAUAUUUACGUAAUCUAACACUUGAUCAAAUUUUCUAUGAUACCGAUUCUGAUUAUAGCAAUCAAUUGGAAUUGCAAGCUGUCGAAACGGAAUUUAUCAUAUCGAAAUUAGCAAAUCAAACACCCUCAAUGUCGAUAGCAAAACGUUUUCGCUUGAAAUUCUUUGCUAAACGUACAAUGCGUGAUGUUAAGGUGACAUUUGUGGAUUUUUCUAAACCCUAUAUAGCAAAGAUAUCGAGUAGUGAAAAUUAUAAAAAAUUCUUAAAUAUUGGAUCUCCCGCUCAAACGACAAUAACCAAAGACAAUACUGGAAAUACUUCACCUGCUGCAUCUGUAGCAUCGGCUGAUAUUGCCGCUGAAUUUGCUGCUUUAACAGUCGAAGAACAAGAGAGGCAAAGAGCUGAAUGGAGUCAAGAACUCGCUCGUGUGGAAGAAGAAAUCAAUACUUUACGCACUGUAUUGGCCUCGAAAACACGUCAUGCUUCUGAUCUUAAGCGUAAAUUGGGUAUUACAGUAUGGAAAGAAAUUACCGAUGACAUGAACCAGGGUAUUAAAAACGUUAAGGAAAGUUCAGUUUUUCAAACUGUUGAACAAAGUGUUGGUAAUUUUACAAAAGCUGUCCAUGAUGCUCCCAUAUUUCAACGUACUGAAUCGGUAUUGAAAUCAACCGGCGAAAAGACAGCUUCUGUUUUUAGCAGCAUUACUGGUGGCAUUUCUUCGAAAUUUUCUCAAAUGAAAAAUUCUGAAUCAAUGAGAUCCAUAGAGGAAAAAGUUGGCUCGGCAUAUGAGAACGUCAAAGUAAGCUAUGAACACAACAAUUUUAUGUGCCAAUCUCAUGCGACAAAAGUAUCUACUUCACGUUCUGGCUCUGUUAGCAGUUUCCCCGAUGAACUACGUGAAAAUAAUUCCUCUGCCUUAAAUACACCUUAAAACAACUACGCUCUUAAUGAACAUGAACAACAACAGA